CCGGCACCUGAACGAAAGGCACGCGGACACAGACCACAGUGUCGUGUGCGCCUUCGAUCAUGGACCACCUUUUAUGCUUCUUGGUCGCUUUAACCGCACAAACAGCAUCGGUUUUAUCUGUGCUGGAGCCUGAGUUCGCCGAACCUAUACCGAACGUUACGAUACCCGUGGGAAGAGACGUUUCGCUGCCUUGUGUCGUCAGCAAUUUGGGAAAUUACAAAGUUGCUUGGAUUCAUCUUGAUCGAAAAAUGAUACUGACUGUUCACAAGCAUGUGAUCGCUAGAAUACCAAGAUUUAGCAUGUCAUAUGACGGACAAAAGACUUGGAUGUUGCACAUAAAUGGCGUAAGAACAUCUGAUAAAGGCAUUUACAUGUGCCAAGUAAACACCGAUCCAAUGAUCAGUCAAAGCGGUUACUUACAAGUGGUCGUUCCGCCAAACAUAGCAGAUGAAGAAAGUUCUGCUUCCACCAUGGCCGUGAGAGAAGGGCUCAAUAUAUCGUUGUCUUGCAAAGCCAAAGGUUAUCCAGAACCAAAGAUUGUUUGGAAAAGAGAAAACGGUUUCGAUAUAACAAUAGAUAGAAGGAAAAAAGUCGAAAAAUUCCACGGCGAUACUUUAAACUUAACAAGAGUCACUAGGUCCGAUAUGGGAUCUUAUCUAUGCAUUGCGUCCAACGGCAUACCUCCUUCAGUCAGCAAACGGAUAGUUCUCGACGUCGAAUUUCCUCCCAUGUUGGCGGUGCCAAAUCAGUUAGUGGGCGCUCCACUGGGCACGGACGUCACCAUUGAUUGCACGACUGAAUCAUAUCCUCGACCCAUCAGCUACUGGUUAUUCCAGAAAGUUAAGUCGAUGAUAUUCUCCAGCACGAAACACAGUCUGGUGCUGGAAGAAAACGGAUAUAAGACGCACAUGAAGUUGACAAUAAGGUCAUUAAGUCCCGAAGACUACGGCAGCUACAAGUGCGUUACGAAAAACUCACUGGGCGAAGCUGAAGGAUCGAUGAGAAUUUACGAAAUUCCAAGGCCCGUUCAAAACCCAAGGAGUACGUCGGGGUUGUUAAAUGGAGCAAAUGGUUUGAAUAAAAAACACUUGUUUUUGCUGAUAUCUGCAUCAAUAUUGACAUCGUGGCCAUUCACAUGAUUCAACCAUCGACGGCUGUAAUAACGGCAGAGAUGUGCCUCUAACCUACAAUAUAUUAUACAAAAAUACUACAUUAACAUUAUUCAUAUUUGUACAUAACUCUUAUAAUUGUUUUUCAAUAUUGACAAUUUCAUUUGUAGUCGUUCUUUCGGUUUAGGCGUUUAAAACAAAAUAUUAGCAGUUAGCCAAUACAAAUAAUAUGUAGACAAAAAUGUCGGUUUUAAGAAAUCGGUUUCUUUUUUUUAUUAUUAUUUCUUCUUUUUUUCUUUCUUUUUACAUUGUAUGAGUCAUUCUACAAUAUAUUUAUAUAAAGUCUUUAAACAAUAUAAUAUAAUAUAAUUUAUAAACAAACUAUAUAUAAAUGACAAAAUUAUAUGAUAAUAAUUAUAUUUACACCAGGUAUUUUAUCUUUU